AUGGGGGAGAAGCCACGUGUCGUCUUCCCACGGCGCCGGCGGCACAAAGCGGCGACGGAGGGUGGGGGGAAGCGGCUGGCGCUGCCCCUGAGCGGCGGGGACAGCCCCCAGCCCCGCAGCGAGGAGACGGAGGGCGAUAAAUCCCGUCCCGUCAUCGGGCACCUGGGUUUGAAGACGGCCAUGCAGCCGGAGCUCCGGCAAAGACCAACGGCGGACGGGGAAAGGUCGGGGCGCGCCAAGGCUGUGCCGCGCGGCCGCCGCACCGGAAGAGGGGUAGCCGAACCGGAGAACGGCUCGGCGGCAGCCGGCGAGCGCGGGCCCCCCCCCUUCCCGCCGGCCAGGGGAUGCCGGGAGUGUUGGGGGGUUCGUACGGGGGGGUCCGGCCUCGUCGCCGCCGCCGUCCGGGCCUGGGCCCGGGGACGGGCUGGGGCCGCGGGGGUCUCGUCCGGGCCCACCGGGCCCCCCGCGACCCCCGAGCCCCGCAGGGAGAAGCUGCUGCUGCCAGCGCUGCCGCGGUCCCCGGUCCUGCGGGCCUGCAGCGUCCCCGUCCCCCCCCACCGCUCCCCCGUGCAGGCCUGGGUGGAGUCGCUGCAGCAUCACGAUGACGAACGCCGGGGCCUGACCGAUCUUCACCCCGACGUCUUCGCCGUCAGGCCCAGGCUCGACAUCCUGCACAUGGUGGCCAUGUGGCAGAAAAAUUUCAAGAGGAUCAGCUACGCCAAGGUGAAGACGCGGGCGGAGGUGCGGGGGGGCGGCAGAAAGCCGUGGCGGCAGAAAGGAUCGGGUCGAGCCCGGCACGGCAGCAUCCGCUCGCCCCUGUGGCGCGGGGGGGGCAUCGCCCACGGGCCGCGGGGUCCCACCAGCUACUACUACAUGCUGCCCAUGAAGGUGCGGGUGCUGGGGCUGAAGGUGGCACUGACGGUGAAGCUGAUGCAGGAUGACCUUCACAUCGUCGACAGCCUGGAGAUACCCACCGCCGAUCCCCAGUAUCUGGUGGACCUGGCACGGUACCGGCACUGGGGCCACUCCGUCCUCAUCGUCGACGUCAACAAGAUGCCGGAGAACAUCGAAACUGCGGCAGCCGGUUUGAAAACCAUCAACCUGAUCCCAGCGUUAGGUCUCAACGUGCACAGCAUGCUGAAGCACGAGACGCUGGUGCUCACGCUGGACACCGUCACCUUCCUGGAGAAGAAGCUGCUGUGGCACGACACCCGUUACUCGGCGCUCUACCCCUUCUCCAUGCCCUACAGCGACUUCCCCUAGCCCCCCCUCCCCGGGCAGGGUGAGACCACCCCCCCAGGCAGGAUCUAGCCCCCCCCCAGGC